ACGUUUGUUCGCGUGUUUGCGUUUACGGUGGUGAACGCGAUGCCACCCGCGAACACACUCAAAAUGGUUCAGUCCGUCCCUGCCACUGGAUGAAACUUGAUCCCAUUCUGUCAUUGGAGCCCCGCCCACAUCCGAUGAUUGACACCAGCAGCAGUCGCUGGACAGUGGACACAACAUUAGCCUAUCACAUUGGAGCAACAGAAGAAGACAGCCGCUUGGCGUGACAACAAAUUUAAUGGCGGCUGACGGUGAACGCAGGGACGCCGUGAAAAGUCGCUGUAAAUGACACUUUAGCCCCUGACAGAGCAGAACGCUCCGACACGACCAUGGAUUCUGUCCCGUUCGCGGACGAGCUCUCGGAGAGAAAAGUGUCUGUUGUCAGCUCGGAGUUGGUGGAAAACUACACGGUGUACAUCAUCGAGGUGGUGGAUGGGGAGCACAAGUGGACGGUGAAGCAUCGCUACAGCGACUUUCACGACCUCCAUGAGAAGUUGGUGGUGGAGAACAAAGUGGACCGGCGUCUGCUCCCGCCCAAGAAGAUGCUGGGCAAGAACUCCAAGAGCCUGGUGGAGCGUCGGCAGAAGGAGCUGGAGCUCUACCUGCAGCUGCUGCUCCGCCAGUUCCCGGGAGCCACGCCUACUCCCCUCGCCGCCUUCCUAUUCUUCAACCGCUACGAGAGCAAUGGUAUCACGGCUGCGCUAGCUGAGGAGUUGUUUCAUAAAGGUGAACAGCUGCUGGCCGCCGGCGAGGUGUUCUCCCUGCGUCCGCUGCAGCUCCACGCCGUCACCCAGCAGCUGCGUCUGGCCAAGCCCACGUGCUGCAACGGCGACGCCAAGACCGACCUGGGACACAUCCUGGACUUCACCUGCAGGCUGCGCUACCUCAAGAUCUGUGGCACCAAAGGUCCAGUAGGAAGCAGUAACAUCCUCGAGGCCAAUCUGCCUUUUGAUCUGUCUUUCUUCAAGUCGCUGCUUCAGAUUGAGAUCAGCGAGUGCGCAGCUCAGCAAAUGGGAGGUUUGUCGUCUCUGAGGUCAAGCGUGGUCACGCUGAACAUCCGCCACUCCACCGACAGCAUGAUGCUCAUCCUCGUCCCGGAAGCCAGCGAGUUCCCUCAGUGGGAAGCCGAGGGCUCGGACUCCGGAUUUCCCGUGACCGCCGUGGUGCCGGUGUGGCGAAACCUGACCACGUUGGACAUGAGCCACAACGGCAUCGGCGCCAUCGACGGCUCAGUGAAGCUGAUCCGGAAGGUGGAGUUUCUCGAUCUGAGCCACAACCAGCUUUCCUCGGUGGAAAACCUUCAGCACCUGUACAAUCUGGUCCACGUGGAUUUGUCCUACAACAAGAUUUGCGUCCUGGAGGCGGCUCACACGCGCCUGGGCAACAUCAAGACGCUCGGCCUGGCCGGCAACCAGCUGGAGCGACUCACGGGCCUCGGCAAGCUCUACUCCCUGGUCCACCUGGACCUCAGCCACAACCAGCUGGCCCAGUUGGAGGAGAUCAAAAACAUCGGCUCGCUGCCGUGCCUGGAGAAACUCAACCUGUCCUCCAACCCCAUGUGCAUCAUCCCCGACUACAGAACCAAAGUCCUGGCCCAGUUUGGAGACCGAGCAGCGGAGGUGUGUUUGGAUGGUCAGCUGACCACAGAAAAGGAGUUGGACACGGUGGAAGUGUUGAAAGCCAUUCAGAAAGCCAAAGAAGUCAAAGACCGCAUGAGCAGCAGCGACAAGAAGAUCAGUGAGGAGACCGGGCUGUCUGCCGCUGCACCUCCUCGCCACUCUCCUCUUUCCUCCUCCCUCUCUUCCUCAGCCCCCUCCUCUUCCUCUUGCUGCGCCUCCGUUGUCGCCCCUCAUUCUCUCACCCCCUGCCCCUCCUCCUCCGCGCCCUCCUCUUCCUGUCAGGCCCGGCAGGCUUCCUGCGCCAGCCAAGAAAUGACCAGCCGAGAAGAAGCCGCCGUUCCGCCUAUUGGACUACCUUUCGCAACUUCCUCCACUGCACGCCUCGUUCCUGCUGACACCAUCCAGGUUCGAGACCCUGCUGUCCAUCUGUCUGAACGUGAAAACAGCGCCCCUGCGAGCACAACUCCCUGGUCGGCAGCUAAAGCUAAUCAAGCUCCCUUUUCCCCUUUCAUGGAAAAACGUCAAUUCUGUUGCUCUUGCAGUUGCCGGCGCUCCUCUUCCAGUCUGCCUGACGCUACCUGCUCCAGCUGCAGCGCCACCUGGUGUCCUCUGCUGGCUCCUCACCUCCUCUCCCUCACCUCCAGCAACCAGCUCUUCACGGGCCUGCUAUGCGAGCACCUCCACGCUGCUCUAAAGGAGCGACGCGAAAGGAAGUUGGAAGCUGACAAAAAGGAGCAGGAGGAGGAAGGGUGCACAUCUCGAGAGGUUUCAUCCCACAUAGAGGGCACUGAAGUGGGCUGUCUGGUCUCCAGGGACGGCUACUUUGAGAUGGGACUAGAUGAUUCUGUUCAGGACUCGUCGCUCGCUCCUCUUCCUGCUGGAAACGCUGUUCCUUCCUCGGACCUGUGCGAUGAGGAGGGGCCGGAAGAGAACGUCAACAAUGUGCUUUGGUGCUAUUGUGUCAAGGUGGACGAGGAGCAGGUGGCGCAGAGGGUUGUGUGCGUGGUGCUGAUGGACAGUCUUUUGUGCUUGCUACGCUUAUCAGACGACAAUCUUGAUGCGGACAAAGACCGCAGUCCAUCCGCAGAGGUCGUUCUGUCCGGCCUUGAGGUGGACCUUCUGCUGCCUUUCUCCCAGCUGCUGCUCUCUCCGCACGCUGAGCUUCCUGCUUCCUGUCUGGGCUUCGGGCUCCAGAACGGCACCGCCCGCUAUUACCUCUUCUCAGAAGCCAAGGAGCUCCAGAGAACCGGGGCCGAGUUGAAAAGACUGAUGCAGGUCACAGAGGUCGCAGAGACUCUUCAGAUCCUUCCCCGCUCCCUCCUGAACUCCUGGGAGCUGGAGGAGUGUCAGGGUGCCCAGGGAGGCUACCUAACCCUCCUCCUGCCCUCCUUUCCCUCCUCCACCUCACACCAACUCCUUUCGGACAAUUUACCCAACAUGGAGGAGCUCUUGUCUCUCCUCUUCCUCACCCACCGACACCUCUGGGUGCUAAAGAUGGAGAUCAGAGAUCUCGCCGAGAGAGAGAGGAGUGGCACCGGCCUUCUUCGGGACUGGUGCAGGCUGGUCCGCGUAGGCCUCGGCUCGGUGGUCCUUCACCCCAACCAGAAAUCUCCAAAGGCUGGGAAGACGACUGUUGGAAAAUCCUGCCUGCACCCUAAACACCACCACAGGUUGAACCACACAGUGGAGCUGCUGCUGGGUGGAGGGAGACAGCUGCUGCUCUUCCCGCUGGCCCAGGACAAGAGCUCUUUCUUGGGGGAGCUGAGCCGGCGGAGAGUGGCCCUGGAGGGGCUGAAGACGGUGGCGCUGCCUCUCCCGUGCAGAUGCUGGCCGCACCAAGAAGAAGCCACAAAAGGUCACAAUAGAAAUGCUGACCAGUGCUGUUGUACCAGUAGCAGAAGAUCCCAUAGCACCAGCAGCUCGUCUCGUCUCCGACUGGAAGAGAACCAGCCAUCCCCCCACCUCGCCCCGGGUCUCUCCCCAGGGCUGAAGUUCCUGGCUGGGCUUGAUGGGGAGCAGCUGCUAACAUGCUUCCACAGACAUAUUGCGCCGUCUGAGGUGGAGGAGUUGCGACAGAUCUUGUGGCUGUCUGCGGUGCUCUACACUGCGCCAGAGGCAGAAUUGGCCUGCUGCCUCUUGCUCUCCACCGACGCCGUCUACUUCUUGUUGGAAGAUUCUGCCGCCGCACGCCAAUGCCUCCCAGAAACGGACGUGAGCACUUCUCCAGACCCAAACGUGUGGCUUUGCUGCUGCCUGACCAUCAGACUCGCCGAUCUGCUCUCUGUCAACGUGGGAUUGUUCGAUCAAUACUUCCGGCUUGUAGGCCGCUCGGCCGAACACAUCGUGUGUUGCCUGAGCAGGGACAGUUAUGGCACGGGGGUCUUCCUGCAGGAGCUGAUGUCCGCGCUCAGUCUUCAGCAGAAGAUUCCUGUUCCGGAGCCCUCGGAGCAGGACUUCUACUCGCAGUUUGCCAACACCAGCACAGGCAAGAUGCAGAACUACGAGCUGGUCCACAGCAGCAGGGUGAAGUUCGUCUAUCCAAGCGAGGAGGAGAUGGGCGACCUGACCUUCAUCGUGGCUGAGAGGAAGACGCCCGCCAGUGCUUCACCCUCGUCGUCGCGUUCAUUCAACGUGCUGCUGUAUCUGCUGGUGUUUCAGGUUCAGAUUGCCGACGGGCAGGCCUCUGACAGAUCUCCCGUCCUUCAGCCCCGCACGUUGAUUCUGACCAGCACGGACGUCUUCCUGUUGGACGAAGACUACGUCAGCUAUCCUCUUCCGGACUUCGCCAAGGAGCCGCCGUCCAGGGAACGUUACCGGCUGCGCGAAGCCCGGCGGAUCCGCGACUUGGACCGCGUUCUGCUCGGCUACCAGACGUACCCCCAGGCCUUGACGCUGGUGUUCGACGACUUGCCGGGCCCGGACCUGCUGUGCCGCCUCACCUUGGACCACUUUGGCGCGGAGGGCGAAGAGGCUCCCCCGCCUCCGCCUCGGUGCGGGCGGGCCGAGGGCGAGGUGCAGUGGUGCGUCUUCGUGCCGGGAGCCGACAGCCGCGAGAGACUCAUCUCCCUGCUGGCUCGCCAGUGGGAGGCGCUGUGCAGCCGAGAGCUUCCCGUGGAGCUCACCGGCUGAUCGGAGUGCGAAGAACGACUGCAAAGGGAACGGCGCCACCUCGAGGCGGAGGCUUAGAAAGGAGCCGACCGCUGCGGACGGCACUGAGAGGGGAGGCUGUUGCCGGGGAGAUUAGGGGCUGGGAAUCUGUAGCCCCUUUCACAUGACUGCCUUCACAGAAAAUUGGCUCAUUCAUGAUGUUAAAAAAAGCAUUAUUCUACAAACAGUGUUUUUUUGUUGUUGUUUUGCCGAUAAAAAUGUUCUGCCAGGUUGGUUAAAGUCUUAGGUUCGCUUCGCAUCGCAUCAGGCACUAUUAAGAAUUGCACCCUGUGAGCCCCAAUCAACUUUUCCAUACAUUUUCUACCUUUUUAUUUUGUCGUCCACGUCCUGUUUGCUGCCUCACACUUGCUUUGUCUUUCAGUGAGAGGGAGAGAAAGUUCUAGAAGGGAAAUGUUGCACAACUCAUCAAAUGGACACUGUGGGAGGAAAAAAAAUGGCGUGCUGUCACUUUUAAGACCUUGCUUCCACCACUUGGACCUUUCGGUGAGUGAAAGACUCCCAGACGAGCACAAUUCAGUGCACUUAGAUUCACUGCUCACAAUAUUCCUAACUUUUUUGUGAGUAGUGUGUAAUUGUAUAUAGGCUACAUGUGUUCAUGAAGUGAGAGAGACAGAGACCUUCAGCGGGGGGGGGGGGGCUCUCCACGCGACUUGAUUUUAAUCCUUUAUCAUCGGGAACAUUUUAUUAUUUGCGCUGAAUGCUGUUGUUCAGACAGAAAAUGGACAGGUUGCAGAAAGCUGACCAGUUUACAUUUGAACCAAGUUGUAACCAAAAACAAACAAAAAAAGACUUUUAUACUGUGGAAUAGUUAGGCUUCCAACCACUAUAUGCACAAACACAAAAACACCCACUAAGCGUUUUAGUUCUUUGCACUUUUGGAGAGUUCCUGGACAAAAUAAAGAAGCUUUUUAUUGGUGUAAUGAUAGGCACUGGCCACAUUAUUAGAUACACACUCAUGAAAUCUGCCUUUAUGACGACAGUAAGGCUUACUUUUAAUUAGUACUCCAAGCGAGACCCCUGAGAAUGACUGUACCUAAUGAAGUGUCCAGUGGUUGUUGAUGGUCUGGAUUCUUAUUUCUUAUUUACAACAUGAAUGUAUAUUGUUUAUUAUUAUCAUUGGGUCUGUUUUAAAUAUAUAUUUGUUGCGGUUAUUAUUUUUGUUUGACAUUUAACCAGUUGGUCCUGUGUCCCUUGUUCAAGGAGAAUACAAAUGUAUUAAAGUAAAAAAUCGUCAAAACCUCGUGGUGAUUGUCAUCAUCUUUACUGCUCGUUUACAGGCAAAUUUAGUCGUUGAAAACAAUUAUUUAACAAGAAAAUCUAAAAAAUUGGGCUCCAGCAUGAAUUUGUAAAACUUAAUAUUACAAGAUUGUAGUCAUAGAACUUUAAGGAAAAUGUCAGGAUUUUUUUUCAAGAAUAAAAAAAAUCUUUAUAUUAGGAGAGACGAUAGUUCUUGGAGGAAAAAAUAUAUAAUAUGAAUAUGAAGUAGGAUUCAUUGGAGAAAAAUAAUCAUAGUGGUGUAUUUUGUUGCUCUGAAAAUUAUAUUAAAAUGUAUUUAUUUAAUAAUAGAUUAAAUUCAGUUAUUCGAGGAAGGAAAAAUUCGAGAAGAAAAUUCACAAUGUUACCAGAGUGGAGUCAGUUUUUCCUGGAAAAAAGUUUUUUUGAUUGGAUUGGCUGGCGACCAGUACAGGCUGUACCCCGCCUCUCGCCCGGAGAUAGCUGGGAUUGGCUCCAGCACGCCCGCGACCCGCGUGAGGA